AUGCAUAACCAACUCCGAGGUGUUACGGAAGAUGCACUCAACAAAUCAUGGCGCCCACUACCGGCGGGAAGGAUUAGUGAGAAGCAGACAGCAAACAUCCUCUAUGGGGUUUAUCCUACCACGGCCGCAAUAUCUCUCUGGAUUGGUGGUUUCUAUCCCGCUUUAUUGUUACUUUCGGCCUGCCUUUGGUACAAUGGGUUUGGUGGAGACUCUCACCCUCUACUAAAGAAUUUCUUGAAUGGAGUUGGAAUCACAUGCUUCUUGGCCGGGCCCUUGGAGAUUGUCCUUCAGCAUUCUGUUAUGGCGUCUAAUUCUAAGCUCAUCGUCUGGUUAGCCAUCAUUCUGGUGACAAUCGCAACCACAAGCCACGUACAGGACCUGAGAGACAUAGCUGGGGAUAAAUUAUCUGGGCGAAGAACUGUUCCAAUUUCAAUUGGUGACAUGGAAGCGCGAGUCUUAGCCGCUAUGGGAUCUAUCGCAUUAACCUACCUAGCUUGCUGGUUCUGGGAUGCUGGCUACGGGGGUGCCAUUUCACAAACCGCAUUAUCUUUGGCUCUGUCGAAGACAUUGCUUCUGAGCCGGGAUCAGAAAUCCAAUGACUUUGUUUGGAAGAAAUUGUGGUAUUCGUGGAUGGUAAGCCUGUUCUUUGUCCCAUUGUUCAAGGGCUUUUGA